AUGGACGCCGUAUCAAAUGUGUAUGCGGCUGAUUUGAAGCUUAGUGAACUUCGCAGAUGCCGAGAGAUGCUGGGGGUAUAUGUGCGAAAGUUCGGAAAAAAGCUGAAAGGUGUGAAUCGUGUCAAUGUUGGUCGAGUCGGCCGCGUCGUUGAAGGACUCAGCGAGUACAUGAGUACCACACUCAAUGCCAAGGACGAUCACGGAAUAGUUGACCCUAAUGAGUUGACUAGGCCCAAGGGGAUUGACCAAAUCAAUAUGUUUGAGCUGAUUCAAUAUAUUCACGAAUCUAAGCUCGCUUAUAAAAUCGAGGGCUAUGCUUCCCACGUGGACAGCCGACAAGAAGACGGGAAAGAGCAUGCCCCCAAAUCAGGCACACCGGUAUUACACACAUUUGUGUCCUUUCUCAUUGCCCUUACAAAUUUGAGCUCAGAGGGUCGCAUAUUCCAUCAAAAGCUUACUGGAGCCCCGGCUGACGUGCAAUUAUCGUACCUCCUUCUGUCUCCCGCAUAUGCUUUCUCGUCUAUUACCUCAGCUGCAAGAGCAGUCAUUCUCGCCGGCGGCACAAUGUCUCCAUUUGAAGACUACAAGGACCACUUGUUUCCUACACUCGAGGAGUCCAAAAUCACGACUCUAAGCUGCGGCCACGUUAUCCCCUCUACUAAUCUUUGUGUCCGCACACUGGCCGCAUUGAGAGCGGGUGGGCCGUCAUUUGAGUUUAGCUACCAGCGGCGCGGCGACCAAGAAAUGAUCGGGCAGCUAGGCUUGGCAAUAUUGAAUAUGUGUUCCAUCGUUCCAGACGGUAUAGUCGUAUUCUUCCCGAGCUAUGGCUACCUCGACCAAGUUGUGGAGGCUUGGAAGAAGAAGCGGGCUGGAGAUGUCCAGUCUACCUGGGAGCGGCUCAAGUCCAAGAAGACGAUCUUUCAGGAGACCAAGGGUGCGUCCAGCGACGAAGUUCUCCAGAAGUACUCGGAAGCCAUACUGGGAUCUCGAGCUAGCAGCGGUGCCCUGUUACUCAGUGUCGUCGGAGGCAAGAUGUCCGAGGGAAUCAAUUUUUCAGACCGCCUUGGACGGUUGGUGGUAGUAGUUGGCCUCCCCUACCCGAAUAUUGCGUCGCCAGACUGGAAAGCCAAGAUGGAAUACAUCGAAUCUUCGACCAAGACUCGGCUCUUGGCGCGCGGGAGCAUCGCAACAGUCGAGGCCGCGAGCCGCGCGAAGCAAACCGCUCGAGAUUUUUAUGAAAAUUCGUGUAUGCGAGCAGUGAAUCAGAGCAUCGGACGCGCAAUUCGACACCGAGGCGACUAUGCAGCGAUUGUGUUGCUGGAUGAAAGAUAUGCAAGCGAGAGGAUUCGCAGUAAGCUGCCGGGAUGGAUCCAGGGCGGGCUUCAAAUAGAUUCUCAAGAAAAGGGACUUGGGGGGAUAAUGGGAGCCCUGGGAUCUUUCUUCCGGGGAAAGAAGACGUUGUAA